UGGAUUUGAGCAAGGCGUACCUCCAACAAUCAAACUCUAUUGGUUAACCACUACUGCCAAACCCCUGUAAGAGCCUCAGGCAUGGAUAACUUUACAUUGCCUCUCAUGGCAAAUGAGACGGAGAUCAACCAGACUUUGGACAAUAUGCCCCAGAAUGCUUUAGAGGUCCAGGUUGUCACCAUCUUCUUAGUCCUUUUGAUCUGUGGAGUUGGGAUUGCUGGAAAUAUAAUGGUGGUUCUGGUGGUCUUGAGAACCAAACACAUGAUGACCCCAACCAACUGCUACCUGGUCAGCUUGGCCAUUGCUGACCUGAUAGUGUUGUUGGCUGCGGGGCUGCCUAACAUCUCAGAAGUGGUCGCCUCCUGGGUCUACGGCUACGCUGGCUGCCUGUGCAUCACUUAUCUACAGUACCUAGGCAUCAACAUCUCGGCUUGUUCAAUCACAGCAUUCACUGUGGAGCGUUACAUAGCCAUCUGCCACUCCAUAAAAGCCCAGUUCAUCUGCACGGUGUCCAGAGCCAAGAAGAUCAUCGCCUUCGUGUGGAUGUUCACCUCGGUGUACUGUGUCAUGUGGUUCUUUCUGGUCGACACCAAGGAAGUCAAGUUUGCUGAUGGGGACCAAAUCAGCUGUGGCUACAGAGUGCCCAGGAACUUGUACACACCCAUCUACUUUUUGGACUUCACUAUCUUCUACGUAAUCCCCUUGGUCCUUGCUACGGUUUUGUAUGGCUUGAUAGCACGGAUAUUGUUCAUGAAUCCGUUGCCUUCUAACCCUCAGGAUCUUAGCAGGAUGAGUUCCAAACACCACGGGAAGCCCUAUAACUCCAUUAAGCUUUCUUGCAAAGGCAACAAAAAUACAGUCAGUUCCAGGAAACAAGUCACCAAGAUGUUGGCCGUCGUGGUCAUCUUGUUUGCCCUCCUCUGGAUGCCCUAUCGUACCCUGGUGGUGGUGAACUCCUUCAUGGAUCCGCCUUAUCUCAACGUCUGGUUCUUGCUCUUCUGCCGAAUGUGCAUCUACCUUAACAGCGCCAUCAACCCCAUUAUCUACAACCUCAUGUCUCAGAAGUUCAGGGCGGCCUUCAAGAACCUGUGCAAAUGCGACCCGAAAAGGACAGAAAAGGCCGCCAAAUACAACGUCCCCGUCUAUUACAGCGUCAUGAAAGACAGUUCGCACGACAGUCCCGACCAUGACCUCACUGUCCAGGAGGACCUCAACGGCUUUCCGACUAAAAAAGUUAACUUCACGGAGAAGUGUAUAGAUACCACCAACUCCUACAGUGUGGCAUAAUGCUGUCUGUGAUUGUAUAAGAUUCUAAAUAUUUCCACCCUCAUAUGUUGAAAGCAGUGUUGUAAAGUUAAGAUUAAAGU